AUGGACGCGGGCCAGGGAUUCGUAGACGCGCUGCCGAUUUACACGAUUAUGCCCAACGCCAGCCCUCAGUACGUGGUGGGCAUCAAGCUGUCAAGUGAGUUGCUGCAGCAUCUGCAGAGCAAGGGUACUGCAGGCAUGACGAUUAGCUUUGGAAGCCAAAAUAUCAUAUCGGUGGGCAACGAACAGUUCUCAUUCAGGGCACCGCCCGAGGAGCAUGGAGUGACCGACUGCUAUCAUCAGGUCGAUGAGGGUGAGGAGGGUACCUUCACGAAGGUGGGCGUGGUCAAAAGGAAGAUCUUUGUCACGCAGAAGCUACGCGAGGAAGAUAGGAAGCGCGUCAAGACUGCCACCGAGACACAUGAGAAAGAACGCUUGUCUCACAAGAGUGUGCUGAUUGACUCAACUGGGCAACUGAUUUCCAAGGAUGGCAAGAGGAAGGCCCCAUCAUCGAUCACCAAGCCGCCCCCGACCGUCAUCAAGCGAAAUCGAACCGAGACCACUCAGCCUCGGCCGCAGUUGGCCUCGUUGUCCUCAAUGGCGUCGAAGCACGCCACUGCCGCCUCGUCCAAGCUGAGCUCGCCGAAGCGGGUGCCCUUGCGCACGCAAAUUGUCCAGCUGCUGGCCUUGGAGGCCCUCCCGCAUGAACAGAUCGAAGCCAAGUGCUCGACCGCAAGCAAGACGGCCCUCGCUUCUACUCUCCAGCAGGUGGCGAAGAUGAAGGACGGGCUCUAUCACCUCAAGAAGGAAAUGUACAGAGAAGUCGACACCAAUUGGCCAAGCUUCACUCCUGAGGAUAAGGCCAAGGUGUUGGAACGAAAGGCGCUGGCGAAGCAGCCGGAACAGGAGAAGAAGAAAGAGGAGGAGGCAGCAGAGGAUAUCCCUGCCCCGGAACCCAUCGCCUUGGAGGCGAAGGCGACUGGCACUCGCUACCCUUCGCCCCUUCCUCGCUCGCUCGCGGCGGCUGGCAAGGAGAGGGCCAAGCCCGAAGAAAAGGUGAUCCCCGCGCGGCUGGCCCCGCCACCAUCGUCGUCUUCAUCUUCAUCAUCGUCGGCAAAGAUGGAAAAGGAGAAGGAAAAGGAGAGGGAACUGGCCAGGGAGCGGGAGAGAGCCAAGGAAAAGGAAAAAGAGAAGGAGCUCGCCAGGGAGCGCGAGCGAGCCAAGGAGGAAGAGCGGGAGCGGGAGCGACUCAAAGAGCGGGAGAAGGAGCGAGAGAGGCUGCUACGAGAGAAGCACGAACGGAGCCCCAAGGAUCCGUCUCCCGCCCACUCCUCGGCCUCUUCUUCGGCCUCCUCGUCCCCAUCAGGGUCGCCAGCCGCUCUGGCAAAGGAAGAGGCGUCGGCUCCACGGAAUGGAGAGCACAAACGAAAAAAUGCGAGGACCGAGCCGCCCAGGGAAGGGACCACCUCCCUUUCGCUGCCGAGCAGAGACAACAAUGGAGCGUGGAAGGGGCCAAGUAUCUCUUUGAGCGAAUACAAGAAGCGGAGGGCCGAGUGGGAAAAGAACUACAAGGAGUACUGCGAGCUGCACCGGAAGCUGAAUGAGAAUGCCCAGUUCUUCCAGAACUUGGGCGGUCAGCUGAAGAAAGCGUCGUCUUCAGAAAAGACCAAGAUCGUUCACCAGAUCUCCACCGAUUAUCAGAAGCGCAUUUCGAGAGUGCGGCAAAUGAAGCUGCGCUUCUCGUUCCUCCACGGGGAGAUCAAGAGGGAGAAGGCCGCGCUCCUCGCCCUCAACCCCUCCUAG